CUAAAAUUUUUAUUUUGAAAUUCUAUUUUUUCUAUUAAAAUAGCUUUAAAAUGUCUAUCGCCAAGCGUGUGCAGCAAUGGGCAACAUUUGCACGAACCUGGCACAUUUACGACUGCACCUGGCAGAACCCUUUUGAGUCCGCUGCACUGGUGAAAACACAUUUAAUGGGUCUGCACAAGCCCAUAUAUCAUCCUAUGAUCUCCAAACGCGGCUUUUGCACGACACACCUACAGCAGCUCCAGCAGCCGUUCCACCAGACACAACUUUGUCCAAUCUAUCAACUCCAAAAACGCAACAUGGGCCGCCUGGGUACUGUGGAUCCUAGCUCCUACUCGCAGCCGGAUUUGAUUACCACGGAGCACAGUGUUCUCAACUGGAAAGUGGAUUUCGAUGCCACCAAACUGCAGGGCAGUGUGGUGCAUCGCUUCAAUGUGCUGUCCACUAAUUUGGAGAAGAUUCUCCUGGACGUGAGGGACAUUAAUGUGACCAAUGCCACGUUGCUGGCUGGAGGCAGUGAGCUGCCCAUCAAUUACUUCAUCAGCGAUCCCGUGGACGAUAUUGGACAAAAGCUAACACUGGAGUUGCCAGCCGGCACGGCUAAGGGGAGCCUCAAUGUUCGCAUCGAUUACGAGACCUCAAGCAGUGCCAGCGGCCUGCAGUGGCUGAAUCCCACCCAGACCCUGGGCAAGGAGCAUCCCUAUAUGUUCUCCCAGUGUCAGGCCAUACACGCUCGCUCUGUGGUACCCUGCCAGGAUACGCCAGCGGUGAAGUUCACCUACGAUGCUGUGAUUGAGCAUCCCACCGAGCUGACUGCCCUGAUGAGUGCCAUAAUUGACAAGAAGCAACCCGGGAAGACACACUUCAAGCAGGAGGUGCCCAUACCCGCCUAUCUCGUGGCCAUUGCCAUUGGAAGGCUGGUCUCCCGACCGCUGGGCGAGAACUCCAAUGUCUGGGCCGAAGAAGCGAUUGUGGAUGCCUGUGCCGAGGAGUUUUCUGAAACGUCCACCAUGCUGAAGACCGCCUCGGAUCUGUGCGGUCCCUAUGUGUGGAAGCAGUACGAUUUGCUGGUAAUGCCACCAUCAUUCCCCUACGGUGGCAUGGAGAAUCCAUGCCUGACCUUUGUCACACCCACUCUGCUGGCGGGCGACAAAUCGCUGGCCGAUGUCGUGGCCCAUGAGAUUGCACACAGCUGGACGGGCAAUUUGGUGACCAACAAGAACUUCGAGCACUUCUGGCUAAACGAAGGAUUCACCGUGUUCGUCGAGUCAAAGAUUGUGGGACGGAUGCAGGGCGCCAAGGAGCUGGACUUUAAGAUGCUGGGCAAUCUGACCGAUUUGCAGGAGUGUUUGCGCACUCAACUCAGUGGCACACCAGAGCUUACCAAAUUGGUUGUGGAUCUAUCCAACUGUGGCCCCGAUGAUGCCUUCUCCUCAGUGCCUUAUAUCAAGGGUUCCACAUUCCUGCGCUAUCUGGAGGAUUUGCUUGGUGGACCAACUGUCUUUGAGCCUUUCCUGCGUGAAUACCUGAAGAAAUUCGCCUACAAAUCGAUUGAAACCAAUGACUUCAAGAGUGCCUUGUAUGAUUACUUCAAGGAUACGGACAAAAAGGAUCAACUGAGUGAAGUGGAUUGGGAUCUGUGGCUGACCUGCGAGGGCAUGCCCCCCAUUAUACCCAAAUUCGACGAAUCCCUGGCUAAUGUCACCACGGAUCUGGCCAAACUGUGGAGCACUGCUACUGUGUCCAAAUUGGUGGACAACAAGGACAUCAAGCAGACCAUUUCCAUCCAUCAACUGAUUGACUUCCUGGGCAAACUGAUCGAGUCGAAGGAUAUUGUGGAGUUGAACGAAAGCAAGAUUAAACUCCUCGAGUCCACGUACAAUCUGAAUCUGUCCAAGAACGCUGAAGUGCGCUUCCGCCUGAAUCGCUUGAUCAUUCGUGCACGCCUGAUCAACCGCCUGGACGAGAUCAUUGAAUUUGCCAACUCCAAUUUCCGCAUGAAGUUCUGCCGCCCCAUCUACCGCGAUCUGGCCGCCUGGCCCGAGGCCAAGCCUGCGGCCAUUCGCAACUUUGUCAAGGUCAAGGACCAGAUGAUGGCCGUGUGCUCGCACACUAUCGAAAAGGACCUGGGAUUGAAGUAAACUAAAUUUAAGUCGAAAAUUUUGUGCAUUUCAAGAUCUGAUCUGUUAAGUAAAUAUGAAAUUGUUUAUGUA